AUGGAAAUAUUGACUCGUGCAACCAAGGUUUUAAAUCUUUUCCAACAUGAAUUACAAACUGUUUGUGUUCAAUGGAAUACUAUUCCUAUUUUACAGUUGCUGAACCUUUUUCCCAAUCUUCAAUUCGCAGAAACCGAUAUUCACCUUUUAAAAGCAUUUAUCGAAGCUACUGCUGUUCCCUAUUUAUUAGCUAUUUUGAAUUUCUGGAAGCAACGUUCUUAUCUCCAACAUGUAUGUCAUGGGAUUAAAAAUUUGUUGAAUUAUCUCAAAGUGUCAUUGGACGAAAAUCCUGGCGUGGUUAUCGAGUCACUGGAUGGUUUACUCACCAUUAAUGAACAAACUCUAGGGCAGGCUUGUUAUGAUUGUUAUCAGCGAUAUAUUACCACAUGUGCUGAUAAAUAUAAACCACAAAGUCUUACUUUAUGGUCACAUUAUUCUGUAUCCCGUGAUGUUAUCGACUUUGUACAUAAAAUAUCAGCGACUGAAAUGGUUAAUUUAUUAGAAGCAGUCAACGAUUGGGAUGAUACAUUAAUUAGCACAAGAACAGUCAUGGAUUUUGCUACGCUGAAAACCUUUUUUGAUCAAGUCUAUGUUACAAUUCGAGAGCAGGAAGCUGUGCUGACUGUUGAUCACAUUGCCGCAUGUUUUGAAAAGAUAUCCCAAGUGCCGGAAUUUCAACGUAUUGUGGAUCUCUUUCCUACCUGUUCAGCAUCGCUUCUAGCCAUCCAACGACUCUAUCUAGAGUUAACCAAUAAGGAACAAUCAAAACGUCAACGUAUUAUCGAUAUUAUGCAUAGAUCAUCGAUUACAUUCAAACAGAAUCCAGCCAAAAAAUAUGAAUUCAAUGUACGUUUACAUCCACAGAAUGUGACAUAUGCUGAUUUAAGUGAAUUACGAGAUCGAGCACGUUUAAUCGAAUAUUCUGAUGGGAAUAAAUUUAAGCGAGAAGCAGAAUUAAAUACUGAACAACUUCAACAGUUCAUUAGUUUUGUUAAUGUAAUUGAAACAAUAUUGAAAACAUUGUCAUCUUUAUUUAUUGCUGGUCAUCCUUCUAUCACUAGCUAUAAUCAAACGGAAAUACUUACUUGCAUCGACGGACAAUUUAAUGAUUUGCAACAACUUUGUACCGAUCUUAAGCAAAAUUUCGAUGAUUGGGAAAGAGAAUUGUGUCGAGUGUAUGAAGAAUAUCCAGAAUUAACACAUUUUUUCUGUGAACAAUUUCAUGCUAUCGAACAUGCUUUGUACAAUAAUGAUGAUACAAGCAAUGGAUUUCAUUUAAUCAAAUAUAUUGGUUUUCAACCUGAACAGCUUCGACAAAAAUUGACUACACCAAAACCAAAACCAACACAUCCAAUCGAAUAUCUGGAAAAUCUUGGUCGUAUUUUUACCACCCAACGUAUAUAUCCCCGAGUAAAUCUUCUCGGUAAGAAAAUUUGGCUAGUGGAUACAAAUGAAGAUGGUAUACUCCGUGCACUUUUUUCCUUGUUUCAUUUGACCAAAAACCCUACGCAUGUUCAUCAAGUAUUCUAUUGUACAGAACGAACGAAUUGGACCGAGAUACGAGCAUUUAUCUACCGAUGUUUCUUUUCACAAACAUUGCAGAUUCUCAUUCGACCACAAUUAUUGUCUGCAGAUAUUCAAGAUCGAAUGGUGCCAUCACUACGUGGAUUUAUUGAACGUUAUCCUGCUCAUUUCUUCCAUCUUGGAUUAAUUUCCACGUCAGCCGCACAGAAUGUACAACUCAUUAAUGCGUUGAAAGGAUUAAAUAUUGUUACUACCUUGCGUGAUCAAGAUCUACUCAAUAAAACUGAUUUUGCUAAUCAAUUGAGAACAAUGUUACGUCAUUGUUCUCUCGUUACUUCACGAUUGGCCGGCUUAGGUAAAACAUCAUUCAUCCAAGAACAAGAACGUCGUAUAGGUAAACCGUUGAUUAAGUUCCCGAUUGGAGGCGACGUACAGGGUGACAAAAUCGCCGAACGUUUAGCUCAACAUACUGUAGAAAUAACGAAUUCGGUUUUACAUAUUGAUAUUGGACCUGUAGACAAUAUACGAACAUUAGACGAGAUUCUUUAUUGUUUAACCUUGUUUCAUAGUUUUCGUUUUGGUCAAAUGGCCAUCUUUCUUCCAGCAGAUACACCUAUUUUUAUCGAGCUCGAUGCUUCUCCUUUAGCAAUAAAUCAAGACUGUCUUACCAUCUAUCCAUAUUUGGAAUCAAGACAUCAUCUGGAACAUGUCCAUUGGAACGAACUUCAGCAUCAGCUUCUCAAGGUACAAUUCGUUGUCAAUUAUUUAGAUGCGAUUCAAUCGACAACUAUUAUUAAAUCCGAUAUCAGUGACACAAAUCUACGCGUUAUCGAUGCACCUAACAGUCUCCGGUUACUUCACACAUAUUUUUCUUCGGGUAAAAAUUCUGAAUUUAUUACCUGGACUCAACUACACAUCUAUUUGUCGGUCUUCUAUUCUCUCUUCCAUGGUUUUUCCAAAUGUAGCCACUUUUUGGUUGAUUGCCUCAUACAUCCUCAAUUACGUCUUGAUAUUUUACAAGCAUUUCUUCGUUCAUCGGAACAGUUUACUUCCCUAUCUGUAGAAAAUGUGCGAAAACAACAGCGUGCUAGUUCAACAAUACAAGGAGAUGUCAACAUACCAUCCGUUGCUUUAACUGAUACCGUGAUUCGAUGGGAAAAUACUCAACCAUUUACAGUAGUUUUUACUUCUACACAUGAUCCUUUAUUUGUGUAUAAAACUGUCAAGGACGUACCUAGAUCUCUGAUUGAGGCUUUCAAAGCAUUUUAUCAGGCAUUUGGUUCUAAUGGAAGACAAAAUAAUGGAGAUUUUGUUGAGACUGACAUGUUUCCUGAUCAUAGUCAAUUAUCGCAUGUUCAGUUUUUCUUGAAACUUGCAUCAUUAUCUUACAAAUACUUCAACAAAGCCAUUUGUCGAAAAUGUUAUAAGCAAUUUCCUUAUAAUACCAUACACUGUGCUUAUUGUGCAGCAGACGAAGAGCUUGUUCGACCAAUUUCAUUUGACAGUAAUGAUAUUAUCGCUUUUCAAACUUCUAUUGCUAUUUCACUUGAAUCUCAGUAUGUAUUAACGCCAGACAACUACAUCAAAAUGUUAUUGGUCUUCUUGCGUGUACAAAGUGGCCUACCAGUAUUGAUCAUGGGUGAAACAGGUACUGAAAUGAUCUAG